ACUCUGUCCACAAGAUUGUGACCUUUUUGUCGCAUUUCUAAACUAAAGGUAAGGAUGAGAAGUCUUCUUUGCAGACUAACAGUGCUGAGCCGCUCAUCGUGGCAGGGCCGGCCAGAACCGCACCGGAAAACCUCCAGCCUCAUGCAGCGGGACGGAGCGUGGCUGCUGGCCGCACAAGGCCGCCCUGUGAGCGGCCGCGGUGGCGCCGACAGCCGCAGGCAGCACUCACAAGCGGCGGGACCCCCGGAGGUGGACUUCCAUCGGUUACAGGGCCCAGACGAAGGGAUAGUAGAGGUGUUAAUGUGCCGACACAGAGCAAGGAACGCUCUUGGUCAUUUGUUUGUGGCACAGAUGAGGGAGCUGGUGUCCAGUCUAUCCAAUGACUCCACAGUUCGUGUACUUAUCUUCAAGAGUUUGGUUCCUGGGGUCUUCUGUGCAGGUGCUGACCUGAAAGAGAGAGCACAAAUGAACAACGUUGAGUCUGAUCUUUUUGUUCACGGCCUACGCUCCCUAAUGACCCAAAUAGCAACAUUACCCGCUCCAACUAUUGCAGCGAUGGAUGGUGUCGCCCUGGGAGGUGGACUUGAGCUUGCCUUGGCCUGUGACCUCCGCACCUCUACAUUUUCUGCUCAGAUGGGUUUGAUUGAGACAACGCGGGGGCUGCUCCCAGGGGCAGGGGGCAGUCAGCGGCUCCCACGGAUAGUUGGUGUCACUCUGGCCAAAGAGCUCAUAUUCACAGGAAGGCGCAUUGGAGGGCAGACAGCUCUGGAGAUGGGACUCUUAAACAGAGCUGUAGAACAGAACCAAAGUGGAGACGCUGCCUACAGAGAAGCGCUGACUCUGGCCAGAGAAAUCCUGCCUCAGGCUCCAAUUGCUGUGCGAAUGGCAAAGGAGGCAAUAAACAGAGGCACUGAGGUCGACAUUGGCUCAGCAAUGGCGAUAGAAAGAAUGUGUUAUGCACGAGUCAUCCCCACACAGGACAGACAAGAAGGAAUGGCAGCCUUUAUUGAGAAGAGGCCCCCACUGUACGUUGGGAAGUAAACGUGUCCCACUGAUCUUGCUUGAUCCAUAUUUUUUCCGUGUGCCUUAGUAUAAAAACUUAAUUACAAAGAACAUUUAAUCGGGAUGAAAACUGUUUAUUAGCUCAGCUGUGUGAGAACAGCAAUAAUUUCUUGUUAUAAAUUUGUUAUAUUUUUGGGCAUUGUAGGUGAAAAGUUUAAAAAUGAAUAAUUGAAAAAAAAAGUGUUGUCUCCCCUUUAUAACAACAUACACUCUUCAUUUCCAAACUUGAAAAUGUGGCGCACCGUGGUACAGGCUUGUCAAAUAUGCAGGAUU